AUGGCGAUUGUACAUAUCGUCCUUUUCAAACUCAAAUCUGCACUGAGCGAAACCGAGAGAAAAGAGUUUUGCGAUGAUAUGCUGUCACUGAAAGACACUUGUAUCCAUCCAACAUCAAACAAGCCAUAUAUUGUCUCCUCAUCAGGCGGAGUAGACAACAGCCCGGAAGGUGCUCAGGGAGGAUUCACCCAUGGGUUUGUUGUCGAGUUCGCUUCGAAGGAGGAUCGAGACUAUUAUGUUGCCACCGAUCCAAUACACCAAGCAUUUGUCAAGAAGAACGGACCCAGAUUCGACGAUGUCCGGGUAAUCGACUAUGAAAAGGGUGUGUACUAG